AAAAAGAGCGAGGUGUCUCCCUAGCUCGCAGCCUCUGGCAAGUGGAGUUUUUAAAAAGCUUGAGCAGAUCAUGUCAUGACGACUUCGCUGCUCCUGCAUCCGCGCUGGCCGGAGAGCCUUAUGUACGUCUAUGAAGACAGCGCGGCAGAGAGCGGCAGCGGCGGCGGCGGCGGGGGCGGCGGGGGCGCGGGUGGAGCAGGGGGCGGCUGCAGCGGAGCGAGCCCCGGCAAAGCCCCGAGCAUGGACGGUCUGGGCAGCAGCUGCCCGGCCAGCCACUGCCGCGACCUGCUUCCGCACGCGGUGCUGGGCCGGCCGCCGGCUCCCCUGGGCGCCCCUCAGGGCGCCGUCUACACGGACAUCCCGGCCCCCGAGGCGGCGCGCCAAUGUGCUCCGCCGCCGGCGCCCCCCACCUCGUCCAGCGCCACCCUGGGCUACGGCUACCCAUUUGGCGGCAGCUACUACGGCUGCCGCCUGUCGCACAACGUGAACCUGCAGCAGAAGCCUUGCGCUUACCACCCGGGCGAUAAGUACCCGGAGCCGUCGGGCGCCCUGCCCGGUGACGACCUGUCCUCCAGGGCCAAGGAGUUCGCCUUCUACCCCAGUUUCGCCAGCUCCUACCAGGCGAUGCCCGGCUACCUGGACGUGUCGGUGGUGCCCGGGAUCAGCGGCCACCCGGAGCCGCGUCACGAUGCGCUCAUCCCCGUCGAAGGCUACCAACACUGGGCUCUCUCCAAUGGCUGGGACAGUCAGGUGUACUGCUCCAAGGAGCAGUCUCAGUCCGCCCACCUCUGGAAGUCUCCCUUCCCAGACGUGGUUCCCCUACAGCCCGAGGUGAGCAGCUACCGACGUGGGCGCAAGAAACGUGUGCCCUACACGAAGGUGCAGCUGAAGGAGCUAGAGAAGGAGUACGCGGCCAGCAAGUUCAUCACCAAAGAGAAGCGCCGGCGCAUCUCGGCCACCACGAACCUCUCGGAGCGCCAAGUCACCAUCUGGUUCCAGAACCGGCGGGUGAAAGAGAAAAAGGUGGUCAGCAAAUCGAAAGCGCCUCAUCUUCACUCCACCUGACGGCUCACCAGGCCACCCGCCCCGUCUAUUUAUGUCUCCGCUUUGUACCAUAACCGAACCCAUUGAAGGACAAAGGACCCUGCGCGGGUACGGAAAGUAUUUAAAGUUAACAAGAAAGAGGAACCACGCGCCAGAGGCAGAGUCUUAAAGGAAGCGCUCAGCCUUACCCUACUCCCUUUCCCAUCCCCACCUCCACCCCAUCCAGAGGGUACCCACGGUGUACCAGCAGCUUUGGAGAGGGUCUGGGUGGGUUAUGGGAGGAAAGCUCUGUUCCCCUUCGCCCUAGCUCCGUAUCAGCAGAGAGCCCAAGCAUUCCAACCAAAGCAGGGUUGGGAUCUUGAAUGACUCAAUUUUUUUAUUAUUAUUUUUAAUUUUUUGGUACUGGGGAUGGAACUCACGACCUUCCACUUGCCAGACAGGUGGUGCUUGUGCCACUGAGCUAAAUCCCUGGCCCUUAAAUGACUUAAUCCUUGCCCUUCCUAUGCCCAGGAUAGAUGACCUUUUUGAAGGCUGCAGCUUGGGUGCAGGAUUUGGUGAGCUCAUAUUCUCCUUCCAAUGCCUCCUUCCCUCCAUCCCUGCCACACUCUGUAGGCAAGAUUUCCCAGUUACGAUUUUCUGUGCAUAUUUUAAAAAUCGUGUUAAUGAUAAUGAUUAGGGACUUGGCAGCGUGAUUGAAGUACAGACCAUGCUUGGAGCUUGUAGGUUUUCUUUCUUUCAUGUUUCCACAAAAGCUAGAAUUGGUGCAGCCGCUAGUUCCACCCCAACCCAGAAGUAAUUUCUCUUCUCAGAGCUGUCUUUGCCCUCUCCUGCUCUGCUCUCGCAGUCAUGUGGAAAUCCAGGGAGGACAAAAACUCUAACCAUGCUGCUAAAUGCAGUUUAGUUCUCCAGUCUCCUAGUGACGUUUGGAAUUAGGCCAAACUCAGAGGCAGAACUUUGUCUUAAGGAUAAACUUCUUUUCCGAGGAGAUGGAGAGACUGCGCCUCAGCAGAGCGCCUCUCCAGCCACCCAUCCAUCAAAGCAAUACCUUGGGAGAGGCUUCACACUUUCACUGCUACAGAUUUCCCAAGGAAAGCUAAAGGAGCUAGUUUAGAAGCCUAAAAUAACUGGCCCCAAUUAGCUACCUAGAUGUAGAUGCUGCCUAAUAUUACCUUCCUUGAAAGCCUACUUGGUGCUGUGGAGACCCCCCCCCCCAACCUCUUCCUUUCCCACUGGCACAUUACAAAACAGUGUUCUUUUGAAAUGUCCAUCUGAAAUAGGUUCUUUUUUUUUUUUAAUGUUCUGUAUCUGUAUAUAGUAUUGUGAUGUCUGGAUGACAGUGUACUGAAUGCAAAAACAUUCCAUAAACCUGUUUUUAAAAUAAAAUAUCUUUUUUGGCCUUGA